AUGGCCACAGCCGAUGUCCUUCUGCCCGCAACACAACCCCUUCCCUCCCAUCUCGCCGCCAACACAGGACACGUUCCUCGCUCUCAGCUAGGAUGGCUCCGUCCCACGACCUCCGAUACCUCCAUAGACGAGAUGCGCCGUCGGCUUAGCACCGACGGCUACCUUUACGUUAAGAACCUCCUGCCCCGAGCCGACGUCCUGAAGAUGCGCGCCCACUACUUCUCCCAGUUCACCUCCACCGACCUCCUUGACCCUUCGUCCGACCCAGGACUGGGAAUCUACGACCAAACCUCUGAUCCAGCAACGCACCGCGGCAUCGGCGGAGGCGAUCCAUCGAGCAAGGAUCUGGAUAUCCUCACUGAAGCGCACACGACGGAGCACUAUCGCGCCUUUGUAGGACAUCCUCAGCUCAGGCAGAAGGUGAGGCAGCUGAUGGAAUGGGAGGAGGAUGUGCUGCUGAUGCGGACCAUGCUCCGACACAACGUGCCCAACGGCAGCGCGACUGGCGUGCACUACGACAAACUAUUUCUCAGAGGCGGCGAAGCAUUCUUCCUUACGGCUUGGGUGCCAAUCGGCGACACGGCGCACAAUGGCGGCGGUCUGAUCUAUCUGGAGGACUCGGUCGAUUUAGGCCAGGCGAUCGAAGACGACUUCAACGCCAGGGCUGACGCACAGAACAUGGACGUCGGCCAGAAGAUCUCGGCUUUCAACGUUAAUAUGACCGCGACUGGCAUCCUGAGUGAUCACCCCAAGGAGUUCGAAGCUGACCACCAAGCGAUCGCAGAAAGAAUUGGGCGGGAGCAGAAGGGCUACAAGUGGUUGGUGGCCGACUACGAGGCUGGAGAUGUCGUGUUCCACCACCCCUGCAUGGUUCACGGGAGCGGGAGGAACGAGGAUGCGGCGGGACGGAUCAGGCUGAGUACCGAUCUGAGGUUCUACAACAAAGAGGACUUCGAUAACGGAACGGCAGAUACUCGCUGGAUGAAGUUCUGGACUAUUGGUGACGGUCUUUAG